UCUUUUUUUCCUACUUUUUUUUUUUUUGAACCCAUCCUCAUUUGAGUGGGUCUUGGUUUUGGAGUGGGCUGUGGAUGCGGUUAUUAUGCCCACACUUCUCAGCCGAUCCGUGCCGAGCUGUCACGCCUCGCUGCUGCUGCUGCUGCUGCCCGGUGCCGCGCUCUCUUCUAGCCCGGUUUGAGUGGAGCUGCCCGGCUCUCACACUCCGCCGUCCCCGGUGUUGUGUCUCCUGCUUCCAGCUGCUCUCCGGCUCCUUGUCUCAGUCCUGCUGCUGCUGUGGGGGGACUACAAGUGGACGGCAGUCUCUUAAAGUGCCAUUGAAGCUUUCCACUUCGGCUCCUAGCCUGCUUUUUUUUCUUCUUUCCUUCUUCUUUUGUGUUGAUCGGGAGAACGGAGCCGCAGCACCGGGAACCAUGAGCGGACGCGGGGACGAGGCCGGGGAGAGCUCUGGCUCCCAGGAGCCCACGGGGGCCGCGGAGCCCCAAAAGAGGAGGCCGGGUAGACCGAGGAAGCCCCAGAAAGAGCCGAGUGGAGAGCCUGUCCCCAAGCGACCGAGGGGCCGCCCCAAAGGAAGUAAGAACAAGGGCCCCUCCAAGGCAGCGCAGAAGAAAGCAGAGGCAACCGGGGAGAAAAGACCCAGGGGGCGACCCAGGAAAUGGCCGCAGCAAGUUGUCCAGAAAAAGCUUGUUAAGGAAGAAGAGGAAGAAGAAGAGGCUGGAGAGUCCCCAGAGGAGGACUAAGCUACCACAUCAUAAAAUCUCUACCUCAUUCAGCUGUCAGGUCUUUCAAAGGGAAAAGACUGCCUUGACCACUUACUUUUGACUUUUUCCACAUGCUAUUUUACAGUUAGAGAAUUUCCAUCUUUGCUCUGUCACUGAACUGGCAGACAUGUUCACUAUACACCUGCAUCUUUAAAUUCCUUCGAUACAUUUUUACCUAGAUAGAACAGAAUGCAGCAAAAACAAAAUUUUAAUCAUUGUACUGCUGCUCACUCUUAUUGGCUGAACAGAUAAUCAGGCAUUAGGCAGACAGUUCAUCAGGUCUGUACAACACACUUACACUCCUCAAAGAGAAUGAAAACAAACAGACGGACACAACGAGUAAUUAAUCCUCAGAGCAUCAUCAUCUCAACAUGAGUGAGAGUACAGUAUGAGGGUGUAUUAUCAUUUUACACCGUUAUACUUAGGUGCGUAUCACAUACACUCAUACUUCCACUGCAUCUCU